CCUUCCACUUCCGGAAAUCUGCGACGUCGCUUUAGACUGCACGUUCCGUACAGCAGGCAGAGCACGCAACAUGACCCGCUGGGCCAGGCAUGGUAAGAACAGCAUCGCGGACCCGAAUCGGAAAGUCUGCCCAGCUUCAUCCUGGCAGGAGCUGCAGGGGGGAGCUGAUAGGAAGAACAACAACAAUGGGGGCUCUGGGCCGGCUAAAAGGGGGGCUCCCGAGCCAUGGAAUGGGCCCCAGGGAAAGAGGAGGAAAAUCAAACCCAGUAAGGAUUCCUACCUGAACCAGGAUGUGAAUGGAUUCAGGGAGUACCAGGAGGCCCAGGACAGCAGCUCCUUCCACAGGAAGGAUGAGAGGAGGGAGAACAGGAGGCUGAAAAGACAAACUAACAAGAAGGACAGGAUGAUCUGUUUUCAUUGUCGGAAGCCUGGGCAUGGCAUGGCAGAUUGUGCAGCAGUGUUGAGAUGUCAAGAAGCUGGAACAGGAAUCUGUUUUCGCUGCGGGUCUACAGAGCAUGAAGUCACUAAAUGCAGAGCUAAAGUGGAUCCAGGCCUUGGAGAGUUUCCAUAUGCCAAGUGUUUCAUAUGUGGAGAGAUGGGGCAUUUAUCACGUUCAUGUCCAGACAAUCCUAAAGGACUCUAUGGUGCAGGUGGCAGCUGUAGGAUUUGUGGUUCAGUGGAACAUUUUCAGAGAGACUGCCCGGAGCAUCAUAACUCAGCACAAAUGACAGUUGGCAGAUGGUCAUAUGGAAUGAGCGCAGAUCAUGAAGAAAUCCCAGUGGUUCCAAAAAUCCAGAAUGUCACCAAGAAGACACCUAAGAUUGUCACUUUCUGACAUCAUAUUGCAAAAUAUAACUGACAGUGACUUUUCUGCUGUUUUUU